AUGACAUCAGCUACUGGUCCACUGAAAAGCGUCGCUACGACGGCAAAACGGAUUUUGAUGUGCCGCCCUACCUACUUUCAGUUGGCUUAUUCGAUAAAUCCAUGGAUGGAUAUGCGACGUGGUGUGAAUCGUGCCAAAGCCAUGGAGCAGUGGACCACGUUGAGAACGACUCUGGAAAACUGUGGAGCCCACGUUGAAGUGAUGGAAGCCGAUGGCGCCGAAUCAUACCCUGACCUGGUAUUUUCCGCCAACGCUGCCGUUAUAAAGGGCAAGCGCGCUUAUCUGGCCAAUUUUACUCAUCCAGAACGAAAAGGUGAAAGAUACUUCUUUGAGCAAUGGUUCACCAAAAAUGGUUUCGAAUGCGUUGGUAAUUUGGACAUCACUUUUGAAGGAGCUGGUGAUGCCUUAUGGGGAGGAAACAGUAACCAAACACUGUUCACUGGUAUUGGGCCGCGAACCGAUGUACGUGCUCUUAAGGAUCUGACCGAGAAACUUAAUGACGGCUCAUCAUGGAAAGCUCUUGGAUGUCGACUGGUAGACCCGAGGUUUUACCAUAUCGACACCGCUUUUUGUCCACUCAAUGAGGAAGUGGCCAUGUACUAUCCACACGCGUUCGAUCAUAUCACUCAACAUAACAUGCGAAACGAGACAGGCCUCAUAGCCGUUUCUGGUGAGGAAGCUCGUAACUUCGCUUGUAAUGCGGUGGUGGUUGGUGGAAAUGUCAUUAUGCAUCACAAAAACGAUGAUAUUGCGAAUAACCUGGAAAAGCUCGGUUUUCACGUAAUGUGA